AUGGCACCAACUAUUUCAAUCCCUGACUCUGUAGCUCUCAAGCCAGGCUCUCUUAUCCUCAUUACUGGCGUAACAGGCUACAUAGGCGCCCAUACAGUAGACCAACUCCUCCGCCGUGGCUACAAAGUCCGCGGAGUCGUCCGAAAACCCGCUGACUGGCUCACUACCCUUUUUUCCGAGAGAUACGGCGCUGAUCAAUUCUCGACGUGGUUUCUCGCCGACCUUACUGAUGAAGAGGGCUUGGUGAGAGCCAUGCAAGAUGUCCACGGUGUGGUCCACGUAGCCAGCGAUGUCAGCUUCUCCCCCGACCCCAACGCCGUCAUCCCCAUCGCCGUAAACCUCGCAACCACAGCACUAAAAGCAGCCGCGAAAUCAGCUUCGGUGGAAAGAUUCGUGCUCACGUCUUCUGCGGUUGCUGCGUCCGCUUACGAUGCCAAUGUCCCUCGCACGGUGACUGCAGAUUCUUGGGCAGAAGAAUAUGUUCAACGAGCAAAAGCAUCUGGUCCUUAUACACCUGAUAGAGGUAUUUCGACUUAUGGUGCUUCAAAAACUUUGGCUGAACAAGCUGUUUGGUCUUGGGCAAAGGAGAAUAGCGAUAGAGGACUUGUCAUCAAUACGGUGCUGCCGGAUGGCAAUAUCGGGCUUCCUAUCUCGGUCGAACAUCAAGGAUGGCCAAGCAGUAUCGGUCUCACCAUCGCUCUCUUCCAUGGAAACGUCCAAGUCGGCCGUAUGUUGCCACCGCAAAACUUCAUCGCUGUUCAGGAUACAGCAUUACUGCAUGUUGUUGCCUUGCUUCAUCCUGAGGUUGAGCAAGAGCGUAUCUUUGGAUUUGCGGAGCCCAAGAAUGCGAACGCGGUGUUAAGGAUUUGGGGAGAGCUGUAUCCUGAGAGGAAGUUUGCGGAGCAGGAUCCAGAAGAGGGAGAUGAUCUUGCGGUCAUUGAGCAGAAGGGUAGGGCGGAAGAGUUGUUGAAGUGGAUUAAAGGGGAGGGGUGGACUGGGUUGAGGCAGAGCCUGAAGGAGGUGGGAGAUUACUUGAUUGAGCAUGAGAAGAGUGCUUGA